AUGUCUGACUUCGAAGAUAUGUUAAUGAACAAUUCGUUCUAUUCGGAUAAAAGAUUCAACCAACCAACGAAUUUUAUGAAGAAUAGUCCUUCCAUCAAGGCAUUGGAAAGUAUAUUGAAUGAAAAAUCCAAAAGUUUCAGUUAUAAUUUAUCUUCUUUAGCUGAGGAACCCGAUAAUAAAGUAUCUAAUUCGAUAGUAGGUUCUACCACCAGUUUCCAAACUGCUAACGAAUCAUUAACAAAGUUAGAUUCUUCCAGUUUAAAUGAUACUGCCGUUGAAGAUGAUAAAUUAACCAAUGUCACUGAAGAUAAUGAAGAUACUUUGAUCGAUGACCAAUAUUCUCAAAAUACUUCAAAUGGGAAGAAGUUUGUUAAGAUGCCUAGCUUGAUUCCUCAAGACUUGAAAGUCGAAUCUAAUAGAAGGAAAUCAAUGAUUGAAUUAAGUGAAUUUGAAUUCGAUUUCCCAUCUUCAAACAUUCCCAAAUUAUCUACUCCAAAAUAUAAUCAAAAUCUGAUUAAGGAAACUCCUGAACCAACCCCAAAACAACCACCAACAAGAUCAUUAUUAGAUAAUUUAUCUACUCCGGUUUUAACUCCAAAAACUCCCCAAAAUGUCACUCCUAGAAUUAAUCAACAAAAAUUGGGAGAAAUGAAUUUUUCAACUCCAAAAUUGUUAACUCCAUCUCCUAGAAAGUCUCCCCAUGUUAGAUCUAAUUCAUCAUUCUCAGUAAAUUUAAAGAGAGAUACACCUAAGCAUAAAAGAAGUAACACUGUGGGAGAUUUAAGUGAUUUCAAAGAAGAUAAGAAGAGAUUUUCCUUCAUGGGAUUAUUCAAAAAGAAAGAAAAAGAACCCAAGAAAGAAAAGGAAAUCAAGAAGGAGUCUAAGAAAGAAUCCAAGAAAGAAAGAGAACCCAAAAAGCCAAAAAAGGAUAUCAAAAAGGAACAACAAGAUAAAGCUCCUAAAAAAGAGUCAAAGAAAGACCUUAAAGAGCCAAAGAAAGAUUCUGCAGAACCAAAGAAAAUGUCCAAAUCAUUUAAAUCUAAUACUAAUGUCAAUUUUAUACGAGAAGCUACUGAAACCCCUUUCCAAUUGGAUGAUUCUUUGGAUGCUAACUUGGAUUCUCAACCUAUUCAAUUAUCCCAUAAUGUUUAUGAUGAUGAAAUGACCUUAGAACCUUUACCUGUUAGUAAUUCAGUCAAUUCAUUAUUACCUUCACCUUUGGAUACUGAGACAUUCUCAUUAGGUCCAUCAUUGGAAACUUUGAAGAUUUCAGAAAUACCUCAAGUGAAAUCUAAUAAUCCUUUCAUCAAUUACAAUCCUUCACCAAGAAACUUUGAAGGUGAUGAAGAUGAUAUUUUUGCAUCACCAAAGAAACAACAGAAUCAUAUUGGAGAUUCCCUUUUCCCUAGAACUUUAAAUGCUCAAGAAGUUGAAAGUAUUGUUUCCUUGGAAAGAUCAAGAUCAAUGAAAUCAGUCAAAUCUAGUAAGAGAACAAGUUUUGUCAAUUAUGAUGGUUCUGAUGAAAACAUUAUUGUCUUCAGUAAUUCUAUGGGUUCAUUAUCACCAAUCCUGAAUGUUUCUCGUUCUAAUUCUAUUUUGAAAAACAGAAAUAGCAAUGCCAGUUAUCUUGAUGAUAAUUCCAUUGGAAAUAGAAAUAGUAUUGGUAACAGAAGUUUCAAGAGCAUAAGAAGUGGAAGAAAUAGUGGUAGAAAUAGUUUCAUUCAAGAUGAUGAAGAUUUUAAUGAUUUAAUUGAAUUUAGUGAUUUCAUCGAUUUAGAUAACUUACAAUUUGAUGUCAAUGUUGAUGAAGAGAACAAGGAUUCCACUCUCAAAGAAGACGAAGUUCCAGCUGAAAUUUCUAAACCAUCAAUCAAAGAACCUGAAAAAUCACAACCAGAAGAACAGAGGAUUUCAACUGAUUCUUAUCAACCACCUCAAUUACAUGAUCAAUCUAUCCAAUCUAUUUAUGAUAAAUCUCAAUCCACUCAUGUAGAUGAAGAUAAUGUAGAAUCCCCUAUUAUAAUAUCAUCAUCACCAUCGAUUGAUGAACCAAUAGAACCUUUGAAUAUCAAAGCUAACAAAUUACCACCUUCAAGAGUUGUUCCUCCAGUGACAGUUCAACAUCAAAAUAUUGAAGUUACCACCGCCAGACCUUCAUCAAUAUUAAGCAAUUCUCAUAAUGAUAAUAAAGGCUUGAAAGGACCAUCAUUUAAAGAUUUAAAAGCAUCCAAUUCUCAUCAAUCUUUCAAUUUAUCCAUUGAUGAAGAAUAUGGAGUUGGAUCAGGAUUUGGCUCCAGUUCAGAUGACGAAGAUUAUGACACCGAACAAGAAAAUGAAUACAGACAAACUUAUAAAGAAAAUCAAUAUAACACUUAUGAAGACUACGAUUAUGAAACUGAAGAUGAAGAGGAAGAAGAAAAAUAUUUCCAAUCAUUACAACAAAAUAAAAGAUUCACAGCAUCAAUUCCAUCGAAUUCUAAAAUAUUCCAACCACCAGUUAUUCCAAGUAAUAACUCAACUCCAAGAUCAGCUUCAUCUCCAGCAUCAAGAUUUACUCCAAGUCUUAAGAGCACCCCUAAAAGUAAUAGAGAAGGAGUUAAGUUCUCCUCAAGAAUCAUUUUAUACGAAACUUAUAAUGGAGAUGAAUAUGAUAGACAUCCAGAUACUGCUACAUGUAAUCAAAUUACUCCAGCAUUAGCUCAACAAAUCAGAGAUGAAGUUAAUGAAUUGAAAUCCAAUUGGGUUGUUCAUCAAGAAUCCCGUUGUUACACCCACUUUUUAUAA